AUGGACGGUCAUCCUGUUGACUGCCACGUCGAUAUUUAUGGUAUAUUUAUUCUAUGCCCAACAACUUCCUUGCCUCGUUGUGCGCUCUUUUACAGCUGCCCUCGGCGAUGGCCCAUUUCGGACCGUGACGCCCUGGUUUCCCUAUACAACGCGACUGGCGGGGCUAACUGGAAGCAAAAGGAAAACUGGGACACUGGGGCCGACCUCUCGCAAUGGUGUGGUAUCAAAGUCGACGACCAGGGCCGCGUCGUGGAGCUAAACCUUUUCUGGAACAAUCUACAAGGAAUCAUCCCGAAGGAGAUGGGUGCUCUGGACAAGCUGGAGAAACUCUCGCUCUACGGCAACAAGCUAACUGGAUUAAUUCCAGGGACGCUGGGAGCUCUCAGCAAGCUGGAAGCGCUGUUCCUGUUCAAUAAUCAGCUUACCGGUCCCAUCCCGCCGGAGUUGGGAAACCUCGGGGAACUUCAAGCACUCGAUCUCCAGAGGAAUCAUCUCACAGGUCCCAUCCCGCCGGAGCUGGGGAGCCUCACAGCGCUGAAAGACCUCGGUCUCGACACUAAUCAGCUAGGCGGAUCCAUCCCUGAGGCGCUGGGAGCUCUCAGUGAGCUGAAGGGGCUUUGGCUAUCCAGCAACAAGCUCACUGGGUCCAUCCCUCCGGAGCUAGGGAAGCUUGGAGCUCUCAAGACGCUGGAGCUUUGGAACAACAAGUUGAGCGGUGCUAUCCCCGCCAACUUGGGGGACCUUGUGGCCCUUCAGACACUAUCGCUUGGAGGGAAUCAGCUGAGUGGUUCCAUCCCCCAGAAGUUGGGAGGCCUCACCAGGCUGUCGACGCUUGUCCUUUCCAACAACCAGCUUACUGGACUUUGGGAGGUCGAACGCAAAUCACGACAGGGACGCACCACGCCGCUUUCCGCAAAAGAACCUGUUCCAUCUGCGUUGGACUCGCUCCUUCGGGUUGUCGAGGGAUGCUCCCAAGUACGAUGGGGCAAUAACCCGUGGCGGUACCCGCCCGCCGAAGUGAUGGGCCAAAGCAUAUCUGUGCAUGUACGGCAGUAUUUCAACGCGGUCCUCGCUGGAUCCGUGAGUACCGUGCGGCGGCCGCUAAAGGUUGUGGUGGUCGGCAAGGAGUCGGUUGGCAAAACGAGUUUGCGGCAGAGCAUUGUGGCAGGCAAGGCCAGGCCAACACGUAAUCACGGGGGGGAGAGCACCGUGCACAUCGAUGUCGAGGACCAUGAGCUUGACGGUAGGCCAAUUCGGAUCUUCGACUGCGCUGGGCAGGUGGCGUACACAGGCCUGCUUCAACUCUUCCUCACCCCGCAGGUCAUCCAUCUGUUGGUGGUGGACAUGCCGAGUGUCGUCGGCAACAUCGAAAACGGCACCUCAAACCCCUUAGAAGAUCUCGGAGCACUCAGAUGGGUUCGUUCUCUCAGUUUCCGUGUACCCGGGGCAGCUGUCAUUCUGGUGGGUACAAAGUGCGACCGCGUGAAGGACACGGACGGAGAAACCACGGAAGCGAGACUUUCGAGGGCAGCAGGAAUGGUGGAGGACAAUAUUCGCAGCUGGAUACACAAGUGGACUACGCAACGGUUGCAUAACCACCACGCCCAAAGUAUCGCCUUCGAGAACGGCGUUAGCCUCGUGAACUGCGGGUUACCGUGCGACGAGUUGGACGGAGGUUGGCCGUGUGACGUCAGCCAGCCGAGCCUUCUGCAUCGUAUCACUUUCAAAGACGGCAAGGCGCGAGGAGUCGACGCAGACCUUCCUCUGAGCUGGGGGUGUGCUCUCAGCCUUCUGGACGAGACAGCCCGCCGUGUCCGAGGGCAACCGGGAUUCCGAGGUGUCGAGAGGACUGAGCUUGACGGGCUAUGGCACGACAAGGUUGACGAGCUGAAGCGGGGUGGGCAUGAGAUGGAGGCUACCGAGCACGCUCUCGACGGGGCAAUAUCAAUUAUGGCGUACGAAGGGAGCCUUGUAGUGUACGGUUCGUUUGUGAUCGUCGAUGUGCAGUGGCUCGCCACCGUCUUGAAACCACUAUGCAGCCAUAAGGACAUGUCAAUGGGCGAGGUAAACCUCGGUGGUAUCACGGUGAGGCCAGGUCCAAGAGUGGAACGGUUGGUGAAAGACGGUAUUCUGGAGCCCAAGCUCGCCGAAGAACUGUGGCCGGACACGUGGGAACAUCUCCUCAGGGCGCUAAGCAGUGCGGGGCUGACGUUCCCGCGCCCGAACGAUAAGGAGGGCGGGUUGGUAGUGCUCCUGCGAUUGGACAAGGAUCGGCCGGAUGAUGUGGGCGACAUUCUGGACGACUUCCGCGCAUCGCACGAUGGCCAAAUUGUGGCAUCGUGCACGUUGUUGCAGGGCGCGCCGCCCGGGUUCAUCGAACGGCUGCUUUCGACGUGCUGCCGUCUCGGCUCGUGCAACCACUUUUGGCGGUACGGCGUACUCAUCCAAUCUCGAUCCUUUUCAGUGAUACUUGAGUAUGCCGAGGACGACGAUACCUUGGUUGGAAAAUUCUCGGUGGACGCGUUUGGUGACUCCCGCACCGCCGGACCUUGGCUCGCCCUGUCGGGGUGCCUGUCCGUGUUGUCGAAGAUGCUCUCCGAGUUCCCGGGGAUGGACGUUGAGGCGACGCUGGAGUGUCCGUAUCACAGCGGGGGUUCCAGGCUGAUUCCAAUCGACCUCUACCAGCGACGGCCGUGGCAAUGCUUCAUCAGGGAGGUAGAUGGGUGCCGCCGGUGUAUACACGAAGGAGAGCAAAACGCUAGGCAUCUUUUUUCUAGAGGCCUGGUGGUUGUCCCAGUGACCGAUUCAGGCUUCGACACCGCGGGAUUCACUCGGAAAUUUGACGAUGCGACGACGGAGUACAAUGAGGGAGCAUCGGCACCGAGGGUCACGGUUUCAACACCGCCUCGACCACAGGAAUCUCAGGGACUCCCAGCAUCGCGUACUACGGUGAGCAUCCCCGUCGGCCCUUCUGCAGCCCCUCGUCGAAUGGAACCGCAAGAUCGUGUUCCUGCCCAGAUCGAAGCCCUGUUCGGAGAUCUGGAGAAAUCAUUCACCAUCAUAGCCGGGGGGUGCUUGGCUGCCUUUGCUGGCUUAGCCUCCGUGUACGCACCCGAGGUUUGGGCACCAUUUCUCGUGUUGGGGAUGUGUUUUUCCCUGGCUGCGGCGGCAUCCGUCCUGCGCAAGUGGUGCUGGAGAGGAGGUCGGCUCGAUCCAAGGAGUGCAACGGGAUUUUCAGAUCAUGUUCACCAAAAUCCGAGGAACGGCUUCGAAAACGUUUGAGGAGAGGUGUCCAGCAAGCUACUGUAGGUAGAUCCGUCAUUGUUUUGAACUCUUCACAGUUGGGAAUGUUCCCGUCGCUGAUGGCGCAGUUGUUUUUUUCCAGGAAGUGACUCAUUGUCAAUAGUGUGCUUCGGUAGCUGGCGACAUCCCGCAUUCGGCUGCUUCAGCUAUCUAACCCACACGUUGUUGCGACAGUAUCGACUUGAAGUUGAGUACUGUAUCGUGCUGUCUACGUUCAGGUGUUUCCCUUGCUCAUGGGAAUGACGUUUCAGGGUUUGGUGGGGGAGGGAACGUCGUCUUCAACAAAGACUACGGGCCGCCCAUUGCUGUGGUCUUGUGGACUGUCAGUGAUGGAAACCUACACUGACAACGUGGAUAUGGCAAACAGCUUGCCGUAAGCCAUCGAUUUCACUUUUUUGGAAGCUAUGGAAGCUCUCCGUGGAAGUUGUGGAAGAUUCCACUUACGUGGCGAACGCUUCCAUUUUGCAAAUUGUUUCAUCAUAUCCCAGGAUCUCUUGCAUGAGCUUCCUGUGGUAAGUCGAUCGUGGGAUAGGACGCUGCGAACGAUGGUGCUGUGGAUGUUUUUAAAUACGAGUGAACAUCAUCAUGGUGCCUUUAGUAACAAGAGCGAUUGAGAAAACCAACGUGGAUGCGG